AUCUUUAGGUUAUAUACUCUAGUUCCCGCCAUUUCCAAUGUCUGUCAAUUUUUAUUUACAAUUUUGUUUUCUUUACUUAUAUUUUUUAAUGCACAAUUUUUUAUUAAAGUAAUAUUUAUCUUUCAAAUUAAGUAGGUAAUAUAGUGACUGUAGUUUUAAGUUAGUUAAUUAUCAAUGUUAAAAUGUCAGAAUCAUUAGCAGGGCAACGAGCCAAACGCCAGAAAGUUGAUAAACAUGGACGUCAGUCUGCAUUUGAGAAACUUAAACAGCUCAAAGGCAAAGGUUCCAAACAUAAGUAUGACGUCGAUAACUUGGAAAAUGUUUACGAUACCGUAGAUGAAAGAGAAUACAGUGAACGAGUACUGCAAAGACAAGAAGAUGAUUGGAUAGAAGAUGAUGGCACAGGUUAUGUGGAAGAUGGACGGGAAAUAUUUGAUGAUGAUGAAAUUGAAGAUACCUAUGUUGCUACCGAAAACAAGGGAUCAGGUCGAGGACAGAAGAGAAAAGCCAGAGUUGCAGCACCCUCAUCCAAAGGGAACAUAAGAAAUCUGCUAGGUUUAAUGCCAUCAAAGAGAAAAGAAGAUGUGAAAAUAUCUGACGAUAAUAUUUUAUCAGAUAUAAUGUCAGAUUUGGAUGGUAAUACACCAUCCACAGUUGUGAAACCCAAAACUUUAGUGACACAUAAGCCAACCAUAGUUGAAUCAAGUAAGAGAGAAGCACAAAACUACUUCAAGAACCUGUCUUCUUCUAUAAAAAAACCAACUGUACUGUCUUCAGCGGCGAAAGAAAUCACAACAGUCAAACAAGAGACAGUCUUACAGGAUCAAACUGUUGAUAGAAAUAAUAUAGUUAUUAAUUCGAAGCCACCUAUUGAAAUAGAUCAUAAAAAAACAGAUAUGCCAGUCAUGAACAAAGUAGCGCCUAAAAAAGCCGAGUGGAAAAUAGACAAGGAAAUUAAACAAGAAACGGAGGACUCUGCCACACAAAACAUAGAGGAGUUUCACACACAAGAUGUAGAUUUUGAUGAUGAUGAUUUUACUGAUGAUGCAUUAUCAAAACCUAUAGAAGUUAAAAAUGAACUUAACACAGGAAGUAAUAUAAUAGAUGUGGCUGAAGAAUUCUUAAAUGAUGACUUUGAAAUUUUUCCAUCGAAAAAAGAAUUAAAACCGUUAUCAAGUACAUGGAAUGAUCAGAUGGGUGAUAACCAAGUACAGGCCUCUGUUCAGACAGAUGGACUGUUACCUCUUCACACAAAUGAAAAUGGGGAGAAUGUGCUGAAAUUUUACUGGUUAGAUGCUUGGGAAGACAGGUUUUUGAAGCCAGGAGUUGUAUACUUAUUUGGCAAAGUUUAUGUUAAUCCAUCUGAUAAGAAAGCAGGUUGCCUAUCUUGUUGUGUGGUAGUAAAAAAUAUUACAAGGCAGAUGUUUUUGUUGCCAAGAGAAUAUAAACUGGAUCCUGUAACACUUGAGAGUACAGAUGAACAAGUUACUAUGAUGGAUGUGUACCAGGAGUUCAACACUUCAGUGGCCAGUGAACUUGGUCUCAAAGAGUUCAAGUCUCGUAAAAUUACAAAAAAUUAUUGUUUCAAUUUACCUGAUAUACCAGCUCAGUCUGACUACCUAGAAGUAAAGUAUUCUGCAAGCAUCCCUCCACCAUCGACCGGCAAGAAAUACCUGACAUUCUCACACAUAUUUGGAACAAACACUUCAUCCUUAGAAACACUCUUAUUGGAGAGAAAAAUUAAAGGACCAUGUUGGUUAGAAAUUAGACAACCAGAGAAGGUGCAAGCAAAAGUGUCCUGGUGUAAACUAGAAACAGCAUGUAACAUAGAACACGUGAAUGUCCUCAAAAGCGAAACUAAUUUAGAGGCGCCACCUAUUGUUGUUGCUACCAUAAAUAUGAGAACUACUACGGAUCCUAAAACAAGAAAGACUAAAAUCUUGAUGUUAAGUUGCCUGAUACACAACAAUUUUCCCAUUAAUAAAUCGCCGCCAAAUCCUCCUUUCCAACAGCAUUUUUGUGUCAUGACUAAAUGCAAUGAAAUUUGGCCAUUGGAUUUUAAACAGACAUUUCCACAAUAUAAAGCAACUAAACUUACGAAAUGUGAUACGGAAAGAGAACUUCUUAACUAUUUCAUGGUGCAAUUUUGGAAAGCAGACCCAGACUUGGUUGUAGGUCACGAUUUGCAAGGGUUUCAACAAGAUUUGCUUAUUGGAAACAUCCUAGAUCUUGACAUACCAAACUGGUCCCGUUUGGGCAGAUUAAAGAGGUCAGUUGCACCAAUGAAGAAAUUUGCAGGAAAAGAUGCAUUUCUAGGGCGCCUUGUAUGUGAUAUCAAGAUUUCAGCUAUGGAACUCAUAAGAGCAAGAAGUUUUGAUUUAGACACGCUUUGUGUGAAUGUUUUGAAAAUGAAGGAAGGCGAAAGAUUGGAUGUCGCUCUCGAAGAUUUGCCGCGAUAUUAUGAAAAUAGUAGAGACUUGUUCCAGCUUGUUUCUUUGACCAUGCAAGAUGCCUCUUACAUUCUAAAAAUCAUGUGUGAACUGAAUGUUAUACCUUUAGCAUUACAAAUCACACAAAUUGCAGGCAAUAUUUUAUCUCGAACUUUAUUGGGUGGCAGAUCUGAACGGAAUGAAUUUUUACUUCUCCAUGCAUUUACAGAGAAGAACUAUAUUGUACCAGACAAAGUAUACGGGAAAAGAGGUAGUAAUAAUGAUAAGGACAUUGAUGAGAAAGAAGAGACUGUUGUUAAAAAACAAGGGAAGAAGAAGGCUGCAUAUUCAGGAGGAUUAGUACUUGAUCCAAAAAAGGGUUUCUAUGACCAACUUAUAUUGCUUAUGGAUUUCAAUUCUUUGUACCCGAGUAUUAUUCAAGAAUACAACAUCUGUUUCACAACAAUAAAAAGAAAAAGUGCUGCUACUUCUGAUGAAGACAUAGCGAAUCUCGUUCUACCAAACUCCAAUACAGAAUUUGGCGUCCUUCCCACACAAAUUCGGAGACUUGUUGAAAGCAGAAGAGAAGUAAAAAAAUUAAUGAAAUCUCCCGACUUGCCACCAGAACAAUACAUGCAGUACAACAUAAGACAAAUGGCUCUCAAGCUGACUGCUAAUUCUAUGUACGGUUGUCUGGGUUUUACACAUUCGAGAUUUUACGCUAAACCGCUGGCAGCUCUAGUAACAAUGAAAGGCAGGGAAAUCCUAUUGGAUACUAAAGAAAUAGUCCAGAAGCUGAAUUAUGAUGUUGUAUAUGGUGACACGGACAGUUUAAUGAUUAAUACAAAUUGCUUAGAUUAUGAUAAUGUUUUUAAAAUAGGCAAUGAUUUGAAAAGAGAAAUCAACAAAAAAUAUAAACAAAUUGAACUAGAUAUAGAUGGAGUAUUUAGAUAUCUGCUACUUCUAAAGAAGAAGAAAUAUGCUGCAGUAGUUAUCACAAAGAACAAGAAUGGGGAAUUUGUACUAACACAAGAACAUAAAGGUUUAGAUAUUGUGCGUCGUGAUUGGUCACAACUGGCUGCAGAGGCAGGCAAAUUCAUUUUGAGUCAAAUACUUUCAGAACAAACUGCUGAUGAAAGACUGGAAAGUAUACAGUUGCGUUUAAAUAAACUGAAAGAAGAUCUGACCACUAACAAAAUGCCACUCUCCAUGUUAACAAUAACAAAACAACUUACAAAAAACCCUAAUGAAUAUGCAGAUAAAGUUGCUCAACCUCAUGUGCAAGUGGCUCUCAGACUAAACAGUAAAAACAGUAGAAGAUUUAAAAAAGGUGAUACAGUGCCCUAUGUCAUUUGUGAUGAUGGUACAGGUAAAUCUGCAACACAGCGGGCCUAUCAUAUUGAAGAAUUAAAGAACUCUGAACACCUCAAGAUCGACUAUAAGUAUUACCUUGCACAUCAGCUACAUCCAGUGAUAUCGAGAAUAUGCGAACCAAUUGACGGUAUGGAUCCAUCGCGAGUCGCCGACUGUCUAGGAUUGGACCCUUCUGGUUACAAACAACUGUUGAAACGAGAGGACACAAACACUGAAUCAUUUGAAGUGCAGAAUGAUCAAGAAAAAUAUAGGUAUUGUAAAGACUUCGUCUUCAUUUGUGCGAAUGAAAAUUGUAAGAAGGAAAAUAGAAUACGAGAGACAUUCAUAAAAUUAGACAAAGAAUGUGUCACGUUUUUAGAACAUUGCCAGAACGAGACAUGUUCAGUUAGACCGUUGAGCUAUUUAGCAUGUAUAAAAAAUCAGUUGAGCAUGCAAAUGCGGCAGUACCAUGCGCAAUACUAUAGUGGCUGGUUAUCCUGUGAAGAUCCCGCCUGCGGAUACCGCAGCGCUCGCUUGCCGCAAACCUUCGUGGCCGGACAUCCACUGUGCCGUAACUGCGAAAAGGGUCUAAUGUUUCGGGAGUACACAGAGAAAGAAUUAUACCUGCAGAUCAAUUUCUUCAUGUUCCUUUUUGAUCUUAGUAAAGCCAAUGCAAAAAUGCGACUAUCACUACAGAUAACAGGUGCGUUCCAAGAAUUAAAAGAAAUGGUGGAAGAUUGGCUGGCCCAAUCAGCUUACUCUAUAAUAGAUCUCUCAAAAUUAUUCAGGUUCUUCAUCUUAGAUACCAAAACUAAUAACAAAGGGGAAACAGAAGCACUCGAAAUUGACAUAUUACCUGAAACUGAACAGAUAGAUGCUCUUUUAGAAAUGGGAACCUACUAAGAUGUAUUUUUUAAAAUAUCAUGUUUACUUAUAAAAUUAAAUAACUAGUAAACUAAUAAAAUUUUAUAUUUAUAGACAA